UUGGUCUCUUUUCUGGUGCCUUUAUUGUGUUAGUUGUAGCUGUUAUUUUAUCAGCUACUUUUAGCAAAGCCAGAGACGAUUGGCGAAUUGUCUUCCGUUUAUAUCGAGGUACAUUGCUUAUCAUUCUGUUCAUGUUCCUGAUCGGAAUAAAUGUGUAUGGUUGGCGUACGUCUGGCGUAAAUCAUGUACUUAUUUUUGAAUUGGAUCCUCGAAAUCAUCUUUCUGAACAACAUCUUAUGGAAAUGGCAGCAAUAUUUGGUGUGAUGUGGGCUUUAAGUGUUCUUGCAUUUUUGUAUAGUAAUCAUCUUUCCAUUCUUGCAUAUGCUAAUCCCUUAAUAUUAGUUGUUGUGAUGCUAGUGUUUUUAUUUAAUCCAACAAGAACGAUGAGAUAUCAAGCACGAUUCUGGCUUCUGAAAGUUUUGGGAAAAGUAAUCGCAGCUCCUUUUUUUCAUGUCGGAUUUGCUGACUUUUGGUUAGCUGAUCAACUGAAUAGUCUUGUUCCUGUAUUAGUUGAUUUUGAAUAUUUUCUAUGUUUUUACAUUACUGGUAUUGAUUGGUCUGAGAACAAUGAUUCCGAAAAGUGUGUUAAAGAACAAGUUGGUAUGAUUUUACGACCAGUUGUUGCUUGUUUACCGGCAUGGUUUAGAUUUGCUCAGUGUCUCAGACGUUAUCGAGAUACAAAAGAAGGGUUUCCUCAUCUGGUGAAUGCAGGAAAAUAUUCAACUACUUUUUUUGUUGUCAUUUUUUCAACAUUAUUUAAUACAUUCAAAGAUGAUUAUGAAGAAUCAGAAUACAAUCCAUAUUUUUUCCUUUGGAUUAUAUUUGCUUUAAUUAGUUCAUGUUAUACUUACGUCUGGGAUAUUAAAAUGGAUUGGGGCUUAUUCGAGUGCUUCUCUGGUGAUAAUAAGUUCUUAAGAGAAGAAAUAGUGUAUUCGUCUCCGGGUUAUUAUUACUUUGCUGUAAUUGAAGAUUUUGUGUUAAGAUUUGGCUGGACCUUAUCAGUUUCACUAACAGAAAUGGGUGUUAUUCACACUGAUCUGAUGGUAUCUAUUUUAGCUCCUCUUGAAGUAUUUAGGAGAUUUGUUUGGAACUUUUUCCGUUUGGAAAACGAACACCUUAACAAUUGUGGAAAAUUCCGUGCCGUUAGAGAUAUAUCAGUAGCUCCCAUUGAUUCAAAUGAUCAAGCUCUUAUAAUUAAGAUGAUGGAUGAAGAAAAUGGAGUUGUAAAUAGGAAAAGAAAAGAUAAAAAGAAACUAAUGAAGAGGAAGAAGUCAUCCGAUGCUAAAGUCUUACUUCUUGAAAGCACCGGAAACGAUACAGAUCAUGAAUUUUAAAUAUUCCCCAAAAUUUUCCAGUUUUUGUAAGAGGAAAAAAAAAUUUUGUUGUACCUGCAUUAGUAUGUAACUUUUUGUAGUUUGUUAAAAUUAUGUGAUUGAAGAUAUAUAAAUUUAUUUUCUUAAAAAAAUCUGAGAGAUAUUUUCUAAUAUAGGAAAUACAGAUGUAUAUUUAAAAAGAAUAGAAUAUCAUUUAUUUAAAGACAUCCUCUUCUAUAUAUAUAUGUAUUAUAUUUAAAUUAUUUUAAAGGUUAUAUAUUUGAUUAUGUUAAUCUUAUGUAUAAAGUUUUAUAAAUUAUGAUAAUUCCAGAUGUAUAUUUUGAUAUACUAUAUACCAAGAAUUAUACACAGAUGUUAUUUAAUUAGACAAGCAAGCUAUUAUUUUUAAACAAACCAAAGAACUUCAUAUUUAAUAUAUUAAUUUGUCAUUUUUUCAGAAAAAAGAAAAAAAAAAUUGUACAUUUUAAAUGUUUUUCUUUGCAUUUAGUUUCAUCUCUCGCAUCAAAAAAAUUUAAACCAACGAGAUUUGUACAGACAUAAAAUAUCAAAUUAUUGUGACACAUUUUUAUGCCAUUAAAGCAAUCUUGUCAUUGAAUGUUCAUAUCAUUAUUUUAUAAAAUAAUGGAAUUAAUCCAGAAUUUUGUAAAAACAAACAAACUUUGCUAUGUUAUAACUU